CAUGUGACCAAAUACGGAAAUAAUAAUGCAGAGUUUGUCCACAAUGGCAGAAUGACACUUUUCCCUAUUGAAAGCAAGUCUGCUAAUUGUGUCUGUAUUCGUAUGGUCUUCAUGAAAUGUUAAAUCAGAUAUGGUACUGUGUUUCUUAAUCCACACGGUGUGCCCGGUGAGCGCCCUGUCCGCAGGCGAGAUCCGGAUACUGUACGCGCGUGUAUUCGGACCAGAGACCGGAGAUGGUCGUGAUUACACACCGGAGCAGAGGCGACUGAUGCAGAAAGAGAAACUCCACGUGGUAGCGAGACAGGUGAGGAGUGCGGUGGCUCUGAGUAGGGAAGCCUCAGGCAGUCUGAGCACUGAAGCUGUGCUGGGUGAGGAGGCUGUUGCUCUGGGGGAAGCUGACAAGGGGGUGUUUUCCCUGGGCAAUGCAGAGCUGUUUCCCGACCGGAGUGUUGUUCUGUGGCUGGGGGUGCAGUCACUAGCAUUCACUCUUGUCUGCAGACCACACGAGAACCUUCUGCUCGCAGAGGGAGCGCUUCGCAACAUUGCACGUCACUGCCUGGAGGAGCUUCGUCUGCUGGGACCUGGUGCUGAGGUGUUGCUGAAAAGCGAUCGAGUGGACGCAUUGUUGCACAGACUCCUUCCUCAUGGUCAGCUCCUCUUCCUCAACCACCGUUUUGCCUUCAGCCUGGAUAAAGAGAUAGCGAGCUACGUGAGCAAAUAAAAGCGUGUGUUUUUGGUAGAAUCGCAUUGGGGGACCAUAUAUUCAGAGGGUAAUGUGUAUAAAUAUGCCUGAUAAAUACAGGAUGUUCCGAUUUGGAGGAACUAAUUCUCCUUUGAAGGUGAAUUGCACACUUCCACGGUUCAAAGAAGGCGGCAUUUGAAAAGUAGAUGUACCCACAGUGUAUUUUGAACUUUUUUUGCCUUUGAGGAAACCACACCAAAAAAGCAGUACAGCUUAUAAUAUCUCGAUUAGAUAUUAUUCAGGUGUAUUCAAGUAAAGGCAUUUACACAUUUCAUCGUGCGGGCAGAAUGACUUUGGAGUACCUGAUAAACUGUCCCCAAAUGUCAAUUGAUUACAUUGUUCAUUGAGUUUCAAGUUAACUAAAGUCUGAAUUUAUAUUGUUAUACUGUCUGGAUGGGUCAAAAUAAAACCAUUGCAUUAUUCACUUGCUCUCCUCUAGAGGGCAGUGUUGCUUUUUACUAAUUGCUAUGUUCUGCUUCUGUCCAAGUGCUUGGCAAUUAGAAUAAUCCUGUAGCACUUUUGUCUAAAAUAAUUCAGUAGUUCGCAGCUGUGUGUCUGCCAACAGAUCUGAGAUGUCUUAUUGACAAGGCCUUAUGUCACAUUCAUAUCUAGGCCAACAGAGCAAUAACGCAAUUCAUGAAAAUGCAUUUUUAGCGCUGCUUUCCUCUGAUUUAAUAACGAGUUGCCGGUGUCAUCAUGCUGCGCUGGGAAUGAAGGGAGGGUGAGGUUGUCCUCUUAUAGUAAGUGUGAGGCUAGUCAUAACUCACAAGUGGUUCAAUAUGUUAACUGGUGGGGGUGAGGGUUUUCUGGUUUCCUUGUGUCAGAAGUAUUCCUCUCACAUCUAGCAGGACAAAAGCCCAUUAAGGCUAUACACUAUAACUGUGAAGUGUUGUUGAGCCAUUCACAUCGAAAGAACCUAUAACACAUUAGCAUGGCAUUACCAGGGCAUUUGUAUUGAAGGUGUGUGUGCUCACAGAUGUGCUCAAAUCUCAUGCAGCAUUUCUGUACAUUGCUUGUUUUUUUUGUGAAAGAAAGAAUUAUUUUGUUUUUCAUUACCAAUUUUCACAACUCUCUUACCAUAAAGGCUCUCUCUUUGCAGCA